AUGCAUUCAGCGCUUCUCCUUGUUCUCUCUUCCCUCGGGGCGCAGGCAGUCCCUCUCCUCAACCUUCGCACAAACCACACCAUCCAACGCAGAGAAGAGCCGUACUCGAUAGUCAACGUUGGCGAUCAGCCAAACACAGAUGUGCCUGCCAUACAAACCGUCGUGGUUCCGAACCCUCCACAACCGCCUGUGACCAUAACCGUGACGAACACUCCUUCGGCGACUCCGUCCCCAUGCAGCAGUUCUGUACCGGGUAGCUACCCUCCUUGGCUUGCCGGAUCUCUGCCGACCGGUGUGCCCACUGGAGAGUCCGGCAUCUUGGCUCGGGCGUUCAACGUCACCGAGCGGUCAGCCAGGCAGCUCAGGAGGUCUGUCGUUGUCAACGGCACCGAAUCCCGUGCCUUGUUUACUCGCCACAAUGCCACCGAGCCCGAGCUUAGUACCAGGAGUGACGAGGCUGUCGAGCCUGCUUACAACAAUGGCACCGCGUCCGGUCUCGGUGCGCGCCGCAACCUCGUCGGUUCCCGGCUCACUGCUCGCGGUAAUGUCACUCUCGCUGAACGUGCCGCUGCCUCCACUCGCGGCUUGUUCAACACCACUGAAAUGCGGGACACCAAUGUCAUGGCGCGCGGACUGAACAAUGUGAUGGACUAUGAUUAUGUGGUACAUUUGCACCUGGCGUUUAUUGUCUUUUAUUAUGGAUUGCUCUGUUUGUCUGGUUGCAUUGUUUGCAUCAAUUGGAUCUUCGAACGAGAUUGCGAGGAGUAUACUUUCCCAUCAAUUGAUGAAUUGGUCGAGUUGUAUUGUGAGAAGUAA